GCUUCAGUUAUAAAUAGCUUUCUUGCUUCGUACGUUUUUUGAGUGAUUCUUUUCAUUAAAAAGAAAAAAAAAAUUGAAGAAAAAUCCACAUUUUAAUACCCACAAUAAAAAAAAUUAAUAUUGCAAAAUGACAGAUUCAAGAAAUGGUUUUUGUAAAAUUUGUUCUAAAGAAACAAAAUCCAAGUGUUCAAAUUGCAAUCAAGUGUAUUAUUGUUCAGGAGAGCAUCAGAAAAGUGAUUGGAAAAAUCACAAACAAGUUUGCCAUCCAUUUAAGAUUGAACAAACUGAAAAGUUGGGUCGACAUCUAGUAACAACAAGAAAAAUCAAACCGCAUGAAAUCAUAUUGAAAGAAUCACCUUUAACUAGAGGUCCAUCGCAAGUAACUGGUCCUGUAUGUCUAGGUUGUUUGGAUGGGGUUGAUGAAGAGAACUAUGUUCCCUGUCAGGAAUGUGGAUGGCCGCUCUGCUCGAAGGAAUGUGAAGGCAGUGCUGAACACAGAGAAGAGUGUAAACUUACACAAAAUAGAGAACAAAAAAAGGUUGUGAUUCAUGAAUUUACGACCCCACAUCCAAUGUAUCAAUGCAUUGCUGCAUUAAGAGCCCUGUUACUCAAAAAAACUGACAAGCAAAAAUAUGAAAAACUUUUAAAGCUUGAAUCACAUGAAGACAUACGUAGAGGAUCACCACAAUGGAAAGUAGACUUGGAGAGCAUUGGAAAAUUCAUUCCUAGAUUUUUUCAAACUAAGGAAUUUACUGAAGAUGAAAUCAUGAAAAUGGCAGGAAUCCUACAAAUAAACGGGCACGAAGUUCCAACCUCCGAUCCACCUCAUGUAGCCGUUUUUGAAACAGCAUCAAUGGUCGAACAUUCUUGCAAACCAAAUGUGGCAAAAAGUUUCACUAAAAACGGUAAUCUAAUCCUUUGGGCUCCACAUGCAAUUCUAAAGGAUACAAAUCUAAGUAUUUGUUACUCAGAUGCCCUCUGGGGAACGGGAGAUCGUCAGAGACAUUUAAUGCACACAAAACUCUUCAAAUGUGAAUGUGUCAGAUGUCAGGAUGUUACAGAAUUCAAAACCUAUUAUAGUGCACUUAAGUGUAAGAAUAAAGAUUGUUCAGGUUUUGUUUUACCCUCUGACUUGAAAAAUUGGUAUGAAAAUUGGAGAUGCUCAGCAUGUAAAAACGACGUAGAUAAAAUUUAUGUCAGUGAAAUUUUAGAAAAGGCUGGAACAGAUUUAGCUGCUAUGGAAAAAAAUGUUCCAAAUUGCAUAAAGUUUAUUGAGCAUUAUCAGAAAUGGUUGCCACGUAAACACUAUUAUAUAAGUGAAGUUAAAAUUCAGUUGGUACAAAAACUUGGCGCAGAUCCAAAAGACUUGAUGGUUUUAUCGGAGAAAGAUCUUGAUACAAAAUUGGAAUACGCUAAGGAGAUGAUCGAGUUGUAUGAACAAUUGGCUCCAUGUGAAACGAGAAUUUUGGGAAUUCUGUGUUUUGAAGUACAUUCAGCCGUAGCUGAAAAAACGCGACGAAUUUCUCUUGAAACUAAUAUGAAUUGCAUAGAAUUGCUGGGCGAGUCACUUUCAUAUGUGGAGAAAGCAAUUGAAUACCUCAAACAUGAGUCGAAUGUCUUUGCGGAAGGUUUAGUAUGUCAACAAGCAAUUAAAAAUCGCGAUGCACUGAAAAUGGUUAUGUCAUUUUAAAUAUACUACAUAUUUAUAUAAUUUUAACUUAUUUCAAUCCGUUUAAUAAAUAAAAGAUUAUCAUAACUUUUCACUGAA